AUGUUGAUCUACAUUUUUACAAUUAUCUGUAUGACUUAUGUGAAAGUUUCCCUAGCAGAUGGAAAUGUUCAAAUGGCGAAUCCGAUAAUCUAUUGGGGGAAAACGUUUUCACCAAAUAUGAGCACAUCAUUGAUUGAAAUUCGUCGACAAUUUCUCUCAUCAAUACCUUCUAUUGUUGAUUGUGCUCUCGUAUGUUUACAUUCAUCACAAUGUACAAUAGCUGUGUUCGAUAAUCAAAUGUACAUUUGUUCAUUAUUCAAAGAAACAUUCUACGAUGGUGGACAAAUUAUAUCUGCGUCAUCAAGUGAAAUGGCUACAAUAAUCAUUCCAAAAUCUAUACCAUUACUUACUGGAACUGGUGAACUCGUGUACUUAUUGUGGAACACAACUGCUGGCCAAGAUAGUACGCCGUCAACAGCUGGUUAUUAUGUUGGCAAUUACUAUGCAUUUUUUCCACCAAAGAAUAUGUUAGACAAUGACUUGACAACGAGUGUAGCUUUAUACGGUGUUUGUGGUGCACGGAUGUUCGGUGCAAACUGUGGUGAAAACACUGGCGCAUAUGUCGUUUCUAACCGCGGCUCGUUUAUACUCGAUUCGUUUCGUGUUGCUACAGGAAGCUUUGGUUCUCUACGUGAUCCGAUGAUCAUUACUAUUGAAGGUAGUAAUUAUACAGAUUAUUCUCUUACUCUUGGAUCGAGUUGGACAUUACUCUAUAACGGUACAACAGGUUUAUUAUCCAAUCCUGGGAGAUCCACUUUCGGUCAAACACAAAUUCUCGUAAAUAAUACUUUAUCAUUCAAAAGUUAUCGUUUUCUUUUUCCAUUAGUAAGAGGCAAUGAAACUUGUAUUGAAGUCACUGAAAUUCAAGUUUUUGCUCGUGGAUAA